AUAGUUCGGAUUCCUCGGGACUUGCAGUUUCCUGCGAGUCACUGAGUGAGUAAUACCGCAUCGUUGUCUCCAUUUAUUUUAUUCUCCAGAUCUGUUCUCUGGUAUUCGAGUUGCAAGAUGAAACUAUUCCUGAUAACGCUGAUUGCCUUCAGCAUCAGCAUCUCCUGGGCUCUGGAUCUCCAUGAGCACAACAAAGUCGUGUGUUACUGGAACUCCACAGCCUUCAAUCGUCCUGGCGUGGGAAAAUUCCAGGUUGCGGAUUUGAAUCCGGUCCUUGGCCUCUGCACCCACCUCGUCUACGGAUUCGCUGCGAUAAAUCCAGACAAUUUCAAGAUAGUACCCCCGAAUUUCAACACCGGGGCUAGUUAUGGAUUUUACGAAUUCAUCGCACAGUUGAAACGGAGUUUUCCGGGUUUGAAGAUUUACCUCAGCGUUGGAGGAAAUGCUGAUCCCUACGAGUCGACUCACAAGUACUUGACUUUGGUGGAGACACCCGAGGCACGAACAGCAUUCAUCGACACACUGGUGUCUCUCCUGAAUCAAUACGAUUUCGAUGGAGUCGAUCUCGCCUGGCAAUUUCCUCCAGUGAAAGUAGAGAAGAAACGGGGAACAUUUGGUAGCAUCUGGCACGGAAUCAAGAAGACCUUCGGAUACGGUUCAUUCAAGGAUGACAAGGAGCAGGAGCACAGGGAGGGAUUCACUAACUUGGCUCGUGACCUGAAAGCUAAACUCAUACCCAGGAGCAAGGCUCUCAGUCUCACUGUUCUGCCCCACGUCAAUGCCAGCGUGUACUAUGAUGCAAGAUUACUGUCACCGAAUCUCGAUGCCGUUCACUUGAUGGCCUUUGAUCAGAGAACGCCUGAGAGGACUCCAAAAGAGGCUGAUUAUCCCGCCCCACUUUACGAAAGCUACGGCAGAAUUCCCCAGGACAACAUCGAUGCUACUGUCCGCUACUGGUUAGAGCAUGGAACCCCCGGAGGAAAGAUCGUAGUGGGAAUUCCAGCUUUCGCUCGCACGUGGAAAUUGACAGCAGACAGUCAAAUCUCCGGAGUUCCUCCAAUCGUGUCAGAGGGGCCUGGGGCAGAGGGACCCCUCACAGCCACCCCAGGACUCCUCUCCUACGGCGAAGUAUGCACUCGUCUAAGUGAUACCUCAGUGGGAGGUGUCAGACGUGUGAGUGAUCCCUCCAAGAAAUACGGCAGCUACGCCUAUCGUCCCUACAACUCAGACACCGGUGCCGAGGGCAUUUGGAUCGGUUACGAGGAUCCCGACACAGCCGGAAAUAAAGCAAGUUACGUAAAAGCUAAAGGACUGGGUGGUAUCGCCAUUUGGGACUUGUCCACCGAUGAUUUUAGUGGCACCUGCACUCGGGACAAAUUCCCAAUUGUCAAAGCAGCCAGAGAUAAAUUGUGAAUCUAAAAAAAUAAUCAUGAUUCCAUCGAUUCUCGAUAAUUGAAAAUUCAGAUGAUUUUGUGAGUGAAAUUUCGAGACAUUUUUAACAGUGUAGUUAUUUUUAUUAAAUACCAAUCCAUCUUACAGACGUUUUACGCCUCAAAAUUAAAUUUAUUUUAUUUCUAAA